AUGGCUCUUGCGCAUAAGCUGACGAGCUUCAACAAGUCUGUCCUACGUAGAGCCUUGAUAUCCUUUUCUACAUCGCACUCACUUCGCCAGGAUUCCUCCCAGGAAUCGCCUAAGAAGCUUGUUCCUAAGUUUUCUGCUGAUACUCCACCACCGGUUUCUAUCAAAACAAAAGUCAAACAAAGUGCUAGUGAUGCAUGGUACUCCACCGUCAUUGUUGGUGGUAUAGCACUCACAGGCUUCAUUUUCUACGUUAUUGUGCAUGAACUCUUUUCCACUAAAAGUCCCACUCGUGUUUAUGAGGAGGCCUUGGCAAUUUGUAUCAGCGAUACUCGCGUUCGCGACUUGUUAGGUGAGCCAAUCACUGGCUGUGGGGAAUCCACUCGUCGCGGUAGACGAACUCAAAUUGCAUCUUCAGAGUGGUUUGACAGUAACGGAAAGAAGCACAUGGCUUUGCGCUUCUACUUGAAGGGUGCCUAUGCCUCCGGCACUGUUCACCUUGAAGUUUACGAGACGGAUUCCAAAGAACUAGUCUACCGAUAUCUGGUCGUGGAGGUAGACGGCUUGUCAAGGCGCCAAGUGAUUCUACGACCUGAGGCAGAUACUCCAGCUACCUCCCCUGCUGUUCCACCGCCCCCACCACCCCCACCUACUCUUGCACCCUUUGGAGAAGAAUCUAGCGAAAAGUAG